CUGGGUGCGGAGCGCGGGGCGAGUGUUGCAGCCGCUAUGGAGGGAUUCUCUUAGUAGGGCCCGAAGCCCGGCAAAGUGGGCCGGCUUUCUGCUCUUGUAACCAGGAUUAGCUUCUAGGGCGCCUCAAGCCGGGGCGGCCUGGCGCAGCGGUGAGGCGGAGCUGCUUUGUGGCCUGUUGGAUUCCUAGCAGACGUUUACUUGUCCAAGUCAGUAGUGAAAAUGCAUGUUAAGUCAAUCAUCCUUGAAGGAUUUAAGUCCUAUGCUCAGAGGACUGAAGUCAAUGGUUUUGACCCCCUCUUCAAUGCUAUCACUGGUUUAAAUGGUAGUGGGAAAUCCAACAUACUGGACUCCAUCUGCUUUUUGCUGGGCAUCUCCAACCUAUCUCAGGUUCGGGCUUCUAAUUUACAAGAUUUAGUUUACAAAAAUGGGCAGGCUGGUAUUACCAAAGCUUCAGUGUCAAUCACAUUUGAUAAUUCUGACAAAAAGCAAAGCCCUUUAGGAUUUGAGGUUCAUGAUGAAAUUACAGUAACAAGGCAGGUGGUUAUUGGUGGUAGAAAUAAAUAUUUAAUCAAUGGAGUAAAUGCAAACAAUACCAGAGUACAAGAUCUCUUCUGUUCUGUUGGCCUUAAUGUUAACAACCCUCACUUUCUCAUCAUGCAGGGCCGAAUUACAAAAGUAUUGAAUAUGAAACCUCCAGAGAUUUUGUCCAUGAUAGAAGAAGCAGCUGGAACCAGGAUGUAUGAGUACAAAAAAAUAGCUGCCCAGAAAACUAUAGAAAAAAAAGAGGCUAAGCUGAAAGAAAUUAAGACGAUACUUGAAGAAGAGAUUACUCCAACCAUUCAAAAAUUAAAAGAGGAAAGAUCUUCCUACUUGGAAUACCAAAAAGUAAUGAGGGAAAUAGAACAUUUGAGUCGUUUAUAUAUUGCCUAUCAGUUUUUGCUGGCUGAAGAUACAAAAGAACGCUCAGCCGAGGAGUUAAAAGAAAUGCAAGAUAAAGUUGUAAAGCUUCAAGAAAAAUUGUCUGAGAAUGAUAAAAAAAUAAAAGCACUUAGUCAUGAAAUAGAAGAGUUGGAAAAAGGAAAAGAUAAGGAAAUUGGAGGUAUACUCCGAUCUUUAGAAGAUGCUCUUGCAGAAGCUCAGCGAGUUAAUACUAAAUCUCAAAGUGCCUUUGAUCUCAAGAAGAAAAAUCUGGCAAGUGAAGAGAACAAACGCAAAGAGCUAGAGAAAAAUAUGAUUGAGGAUUCUAGAACUUUAGCAGCAAAGGAAAAAGAGGUUAAAAAGAUAACAGAUGGGCUGAACGCCCUUCAGGAAGCAGGUAACAAAGAUGCUGAAGCUUUGGCUGCUGCACAGCAGCACUUCAAUGCUGUUUCUGCCGGACUGUCUAGCAGUGACGACGGGGCCGAAGCAACUCUUGCUGGUCAAAUGAUGGCCUGUAAAAAUGACAUAAGUAAAGCUCAGACAGAAGCCAAACAGGCUCAGAUGAAGUUGAAACAUGCCCAACAAGAAUUAAAGACUAAACAGGCUGAAGUUAAGAAGAUGGAUAGUGGCUACAGGAAGGAUCAAGAAGCUUUAGAGGCUGUGAAGAAACUUAAAGAAAAACUUGAAGCCGAAAUGAAAAAGCUAAAUUAUGAAGAAAACAAAGAGGAAGGACUUCUGGAAAAGCGCAGGCAGCUAUCUCGUGAUAUCAGUAGAUUGAAAGAAACAUAUGAAGCUCUCUUAGCCAGAUUUCCUAAUAUUCAAUUUGCCUACAGGGAUCCAGAGAAGAACUGGAAUAGAAAUUGUGUGAAAGGACUUGUAGCUUCUCUGAUUAGUGUGAAAGAUACUUCUGCAACCACAGCUUUAGAAUUGGUGGCUGGGGAACGGCUCUACAAUGUUAUAGUAGACACAGAGGUUACUGGAAAAAAGUUACUAGAAAAGGGGGAAUUGAAACGUCGAUACACUAUAAUUCCACUCAAUAAAAUUUCUGCCAGAUGUAUUGCUCCAGAAACUCUGAGGGUCGCUCAGAAUCUUGUUGGUCCUAACAAUGUUCACGUGGCUCUUUCCCUGGUUGAAUACAAACCAGAACUUCAGAAAGCAAUGGAAUUUGUCUUUGGAACAACGUUUGUUUGUAAUAAUAUGGAUAAUGCAAAAAAAGUGGCGUUUGAUAAAAGGAUAAUGACUAGAACUGUAACUCUAGGGGGUGAUGUAUUUGAUCCUCAUGGGACAUUGAGUGGAGGUGCUCGAUCCCAGGCAGCUUCUAUUUUAACCAAGUUUCAAGAACUCAAAGAUGUUCAAGAUGAGCUGAGAAUCAAGGAGAAUAAGCUACAGACUCUAGACGAGGAAUUAGCAGGUCUUAAAAACACAGCUGAAAAGUAUCGCCAACUAAAACAGCAAUGGGAGAUGAAAACUGAGGAGGCAGAUUUAUUGCAAACCAAGCUUCAGCAAAGCUCAUAUCAUAAGCAACAAGAAGAAUUAGAUGCGCUUAAAAAAAUCAUUGAGGAAAGUGAGGAGACCUUAAAAAACACCAAAGAAAUUCAAAAAAAAGCAGAAGAAAAGUAUGAAGUAUUGGAGAAUAAAAUGAAAAACGCAGAGGCUGAAAGGGAGCGAGAACUGAAGGAUGCUCAGGAAAAACUGGAUUUUGCCAAAACGAAAGCAGAUGCUUCUAGUAAGAAAAUGAAAGAAAAACAACAGGAAGUUGAAGCUAUCACUCUGGAGCUGGAAGAGCUCAAGAGAGAGCACGCAUCCUAUAAGCAACAGCUUGAAGCUGUAAAUGAAGCUAUCAAAUCCUAUGAAGUACAGAUUGAAGUAAUGGCAGCUGAGGUCGCUAAAAAUAAGGAGUCUGUAAAUAAAGCCCAAGAAGAGGUGACCAAGCAAAAAGAAGUGAUAACAGCCCAAGACAAUGUAAUUAAAGCUAAAUAUGGUGAAGUAGCAACACAUAAGGAACAAAACAAUGAUUCUCAGCUUAAAAUUAAGGAACUGGACCACAACAUCAGCAAACAUAAACGGGAAGCUGAAGAUGCUGCUGCAAAGGUCUCCAAAAUGUUGAAAGACUAUGACUGGAUUAAUGCAGAGAAACACCUCUUUGGGCAACCUAAUAGUGCCUAUGAUUUCAAAACCAACAACCCAAAAGAAGCUGGUCAGAGACUUCAGAAGUUGCAAGAAAUGAAGGAGAAACUGGGGAGAAAUGUCAACAUGAGAGCUAUGAAUGUUCUGACAGAAGCUGAAGAGCGGUAUAAUGACUUGAUGAAGAAGAAGAGAAUUGUAGAAAAUGACAAAUCCAAAAUCCUUGCAACUAUAGAAGACCUUGACCAGAAGAAAAACCAAGCCCUAAAUAUUGCUUGGCAAAAGGUGAACAAGGACUUUGGGUCUAUUUUUUCUACUCUUUUGCCUGGUGCUAAUGCUAUGCUUGCACCACCAGAGGGGCAAACUGUAUUGGAUGGUCUGGAGUUUAAGGUUGCUUUAGGAAAUACUUGGAAAGAAAACCUAACCGAACUUAGUGGUGGUCAGAGGUCAUUAGUAGCUUUGUCAUUAAUAUUAUCCAUGCUCCUCUUCAAACCUGCUCCAAUAUAUAUCCUGGAUGAGGUAGAUGCAGCCUUGGACCUUUCUCACACCCAGAAUAUUGGACAGAUGCUGCGUACUCAUUUCACACAUUCUCAGUUCAUUGUGGUGUCACUGAAGGAGGGUAUGUUCAACAAUGCAAAUGUCCUUUUCAAAACCAAGUUUGUGGAUGGUGUUUCUACAGUAGCCAGAUUUACUCAGUGUCAAAAUGGAAAGAUUCCAAAAGAAACCACAUCCAAGGCAAAAGGACCCAAAUGACCACAUCUGGAAGUUAAAAGUACAAAUUUACUCCUUCACCUUGACCUGUUUUUUAAACAAAGAACUUUGGCUUUACUUAUUUAUGUAAAGAUGUAAUGUUUUGUUACUUAACCCAUAUCUUCUCUUCCUUUAUGUAAUCUCUUAUAAAUGAGUAUAGAUUCCUCUCUUCUUAAUUAGUGUAACUGUGGUCCAAUUACUGUGAUUGUGAUUUUAUGCAUGUCCUCAAAUGCUUUUUUCUUACGCAGUUCUUUUAGAUAUAGAUAUAGAUAUAGAUAUAGAUAUAGAUAUAGAUAUAGAUAGAUAUAGAUAUUGGGGAGCCUGAGAUACAUGGUUGGUGGUAAAUUCUAAAAAAUCAAAGAAACAGAUGAAAUUAAAUUAUAGGAUAAAUAUAGCUGAUAGUCAGCUUUUAAUUCGUUUCAUUCCUAAGGUAAUAUUAGUGUGUUUUCUGUUGUUAAGAAAGUCAUUUAGGUAAGGAAGACUUAUAAAGCAAGUAUCUGGACCAACAAUGGGAACACAAAGGACACUGUUAGGCAUGCAGGAGCUGUUUGUGGUUAGUUCUGUGAAGAUACAAUGCCAAGAGCCCUGAUGUAGACUCAGUGAUGUUUGGAUAUCAUGUUUCUAUAUGCUUAGUAAUUGGUCUGUGAAAUCUUAAGUUUUUCAAAAGUCUUCACCGGUUUUUAAUAGAAGUCUGGGAGAAGGUCUGUUGCAUGCUGCCCUCCACGUUUAUCUGAAGUCUCCUGUUUUCAGAGAUUUUUGUCAGGCUUUUCAUAGUCCAAUCAGUACAAUCUAUUGGUGAAUGAGAAUGUAUUUAUUUUUCCUUCAUUCUGAUACAUUUAUAAAAAGAUCCAUCUAUUUUACCAAAAGAACUCAAAAUUUGUUGAUUUUUAUAUUUCUUAGUGUCUUCUGCUUUCCAGUUCAAAAGGUUGAAUUUCCUUUAAGAACUCAAAGAAGCACUACCACCCACCAUAAGAUUACUGUAUGUAGGUCCUAUUAUCUCUAGGUACAUCGCCAGAGCAGUGUCUCCAAACUUUGAAUCUUGAAAGCUCUCAUAUGAUCUAAUCCCAUCUUGAGUGUGUUAUUUUAGCCCCACAUCCCUUCUUGAUACUUGAGUCUUACUAGUUCCUUUAUGUUAUCCUUCCCCUAUAUAUGCUUAUAGUUCUUGACCUUGGCUUUAACAUUUCUCAUCCUUCCUUCUCAUGUCAGAUAACACAUCGGAAAGGAUUGAAUCUGGAAUUAGUUCUUGUCCAUUGUGGGAGGAGAGGGAGACAAAGCUGUAAAUGCUGAAGUACAGGAGGUCUAAUACCACAUAUGAGACAAACAGGAGUUUAUUUCCUCUCAAAUGCAUUGCAUAUUGUUUGCCAGUCAGUUCACACUUGCAGCAAGGUCACGUACCUGUUGACCACAACCCAGUCAGCACUGGCUAUUAGUUUUAUUACUUCUGAUUUGUUAGUUAUAAAAUGGUACUUCAUUGCUGUUUUAAGUAGCACUUUCUCAACAACUUGUGAGGUUGAAUAUUUUGCCAUAUGAACCAAUUUUCUUCACUGCAAAUUUUCUAUAUGUUUGCUUCCCUAAUUUUUGUCAUAUAUAAUCUUGCUCUUGGAUGAAAAUCCUCAAACAUUAAAUUUUUGUGAGUCAUGUUGACUAGAAGAAGACAUGAAGGGGAAAUGAGGACAUUUAUUUCACAGAUCUGCAAUAAUAGGAGUAACUGACAUUUACUUAGCUCUUAUACAUCAGAUGCUAUUCUCAUUUGCACAUGUUUUCACAUUUUGAGGUAAGUACUGUUGAUCGGCAUUAUAUAAUUGAGGAAAUUGAAUUGAGCAGACAAGUUAAGAAACUUGUUCACGGUGACAGUACAGUUAGAGGCAGAGUCAAGAUACCAGUCUUGGCAGGGGUCUCCAGAAUCUAUGAUAUAUUACCCUUCUGAUAGUUGGAACAUUUGUGUUUAUUGUACAUAAUAAAUUUAAGACCCACCUCGAUGAACAGUAUGCAAAAUGUGAGAAAAUUAUUUUAGGAAGAAUGUCAAACAUUUGAAAAGGAUUUGUUUGGUUUGUUUGGGCAUUUCAGGUACACUAACAAAGGCAAAAGCAAAAACUUGAGAAUCCUUUUUCUAAUAUGGUAAAGUAAUCAAAUAGGCCAGCCACUUCCACAAUCAUGUCAUCUGCAAAUCGGGGCAGGUUUUCUUCCUUUUCUUAACUGCCCUGGCUUGAAGUUCCAGCCCAGUGUUGUAUAAGAGUAAUAAUGAGAGCUGGCAUAUUUGCCUUUUCCCCAGAAUUCUGAGGAAAGCAUUCAGUCUUUCACCACCUAAAUGUUAGCUCUAGGUUUUUGGUUUAUAUUCUUUAUCAAGAUAAAGAAGUUUCCUUCUAUUCCUAGUUUGAUCGGUUUUGUCAUGGAUGCGCUAUUGAAUUUUCAUUGCCCUUUCUGCAUUGAUUGAUAUGAUCAUGUAACUUCUUUAACCUCUUAAUAUUAUGAAUUACAUUACUUAAUUUUUGAAUAUUAAACUUGUCUGGUAUUUCUAAAUUAAA